AUGGACUGGUAUGUCCAGCCACAGGACGCCGGCGCGCGUCUCGAUGCCUCUCGCUCCAUGCCGCCACGUCAGCACGUAGUCACAACGACGCCUGACGCCGCUGCCGUACCAUUAAACCGCUCCCCACGUUCGUCCACCCUUCCAAACCACCUUCCAAAUCACCCGGCGUACCAUUAUCCGAACCACCCGCCGAACCAGCGGCACCGCCUACUACCCGAGCCUGGUACCGACGCUCGGCCCUUCAGCGACCAGCACAUUCCCCUUUCAGGCGAUGGCCCUCCUAAGCGCGACCGCGCCAACCGCGCCCUCCGCAAGGGCAUCUCCGCGUCGUCCGCGGACUUAGAUCCGCCGGGAUACCGGCAGGAUCGAGAUGACUCUAGGCAGCGUGACAAUAACGGUGGUGAGUACAACGAGCUCACGGAAUAUCUCUUUGGAGAGGGGGGGCUUGGAGCCGGCGCGUGGGGUUCCGGCGGCGAUGCGUACGAGCGCGGAACUGGCGGCGGGAUUGGCGGAGUUGCGGGUGGCGGCGCUGGUGGCAGUGGGAGAUACGACGACGCAAUAAGAGGCGAUCCGGGACGAGGGGCCUCUAAUGCUCGGCAUGCUCUGCCCAAAUCUCCGUCUGCGCGUCGUGCCGGCGACAAUAGCCGGCCAGCCGUCAACCGCCGGCAGGGGUGGCGGCGGGGUAGUGACGGGCUGUCAGGUUGGGCGGAGAAUCCCGAGGUUGUGCCCGAGCCUAUGCCCAUGGUUCGGCGCCAUACCACGGGCAUGGGCGGGAUGGCAGUUUCGCACGGGGAGAGGGGGAAGGGCGGGGAGGGUAUUGGGGAAGACGGGCAGUGGCGGAGCGGGAAUCAGGGGGAGAGGGGGGAGCGGGCGCACGGAGUGCUGCUGCAGCGGCGAUCGAAAACGGGCCCUGAUUAUCACAGAAGUCACACGUUGGUUAGCGCGGGGAAUACGGCGGGGAACGCUGCAGCAGGGGCUUCCUGGGGAGGCGCCGCGGGACACGGCGAGAGCUUCGGCGGCUUCGGCGGGGGGUUCAGAAGCGCGGGCGGCGCACCGAAGUCGUCCUCGGGCGGAUCGGUGCAAAGCGGUGCUAGUGAGGGGCAGACGGCGGUGGGGGGGGAGCAGCAGAGAGCCGCAGGAGGUAGCGGGGGACUGGCGGGCGCGGGAGGCGGGAACAGCGGGGGGAGGGAUGGGGGCGCAGGCGGAGUCGCGGGGAUAGGCGGACCCCGCGGGGUGCGCGCGGGGAGCAUCGGCAUCAUGUCUCCGCGCCUGCUCAGAUUCCUACCUCUGGCUGGGGACCCUGAUGACGAGGAGGGGGAGGGGGAGGGGUACGGGGAGUACGAUUGGGGGGAGGAUGGAGAGGAGGAGAAGGAGAGAGAGGAGGCCCGCAGGAGAGGGCACAGACGGACGGGGAGUCUGGGAGGGGGAGGGCGGGGUGGGGGAGAGGGAGAAGGGAGUGACGGGAGGAGGUCCCAGCGACGGCAGGCGUUUAUUCAGAAGCUUAAGGGCCUUGCCUCGCCGCGCUUCAGGGAGGAUAAGGCGAAGGCGAGAGGGUGGCAAGGGGGGGAUGGGGAGGCGGAGGGGAAGCAGGAGGAGGGGGAGAAGAGGGCAGGGGGGAAGGGUGAGGGGAAGACGGGGAAGGGAGUGGGGAGGAAAGCAAUUGCCCCGGGUGCUGGGGGAGGUGGAGGGGGAGGGGGGGGGGGGGGGGCGGGAGGGGGAGGGGGAGUGGGCGGGGGAGGGGGAGUGGGCGGGUGGGGGCGCAGUAUUACAGGGGAGAGGACGCGGAGGGAGGCAGACGCUGUGGUCUCGGUGACAGGGAAGGGCGGAGGCAAGGAGAAAGAGAAGGAGAAAGAGGGGGAGAGGGAGAAGGGCAGGCGGAUGGUAGAGGCUCUCCUAGACAUGCCCACGCGGAGGGUGGAGUCACCAGCUAGAGGGAAGGCCAGGAAGGAGGUAGUAGCGCGACCAGGGACAGGAGGAGCAGCAGGAGGAGGAGCAGCGGGGGGCGACUCUAUGCGCAGAAGCACAGAGGACAUCCGAAAGAGAUUCGAGGUCGGGCAGCAGAUCGGGCAGGGGCGGCGGGGAGUGGUGGUGUACAUGUGUGUGGAGCGGCGCACGGGGCGCGCGUAUGCGUGCAAGGCGAUAGACAAGGCGACUCUGGUGGAGCCGAGGAAGGUGGCGGCUGUGCGCGCUGAGGUGGACGUCAUGAGGAAGCUGCUGGGAUGGCCCCAUGUGGUGGGGAUCAAAGACGCGCUGGAAGACGAAAAGUGUGUGUACAUUAUCAUGGAACUCUGCUCGGGGGGGGACCUCCUGGACCACAUCAACUCGUCGCCGUUCAUCUCGGAGCGAGAGGCAGCCAUCAUCCUGCGCGUGCUGGCAGAGACGCUGCGCUCGUGCCACAACCACGGCAUCAUGCACCGCGACUUAAAGCCCGAGAACAUCCUGCUCGCGCAGCCCGGGUGCUGGUGGGACCUGCGAUUAGCCGACUUUGGAUUCUCCGUUCACCUUAAGGCCGGAGAGCGCAUGACAGGCUAUGCUGGUUCGCCAUUCUACAUGGCCCCGGAGGUCCUGGACAGCAUAUACGGGCACGAGGCAGACGUGUGGAGCCUGGGGGUCAUCCUCUACACCAUGCUCUCCCAGAAGCUGCCCUUCUGGGACGACACGGACGCGGGUGUGUACCGGCAGAUCAAGCGCGCUGAGGUGGACAUGGAGAGCGGCGUGUGGCCCGCGAUCUCGGAUGAGGCUAAGGACCUGGUGCUCGGGAUGCUGUCUGCGGACCCGCACCAGCGAAUCACUCUCGACAGAUUGCUCGCUCAUCCGUGGAUGGCAGCCAACGGCUGUGAUAUGCCGCCAUCGCCUGCACAUAGCACAGCCUCUUCGACCGACACGUCAAGCCUUUCUGGCAGACGAAAGAAAGACAUUGCUCGGUCUACGGGCACCAUUUUCUCCUCGCUCGGAAUGCCCUUUUGCCGUGUCUAUCAAGGUAAUGAUGACGACGAGGAUGAUGACCAGAGUGUAUCAGGUUUACAAUAG